AUGGCCGACUACCCUGAAAUCCGCGCAAAGGUGGCUGCCGACCUCCAAACCAGGUUUGACCGCGUCGAUGUCACCUACAAGACGGUCAACAACGUGUCCCUCCAAACCGCCAUCUUCGUCCCCAAGACAAUCUCUUCUCUCACCGAGGCCACCGCCGCGCCGGUCCUGGUUCACUUUCACGGCGGCGGCCUAAUAACAGGCGCCGCUCUCGACCUCCUCUUCCUCGUAGACUGGGUCCGCGACCUCGCCCACUCCACCCGCACCAUCUUCCUCUCCCCGCACUACCGGCUCGCGCCCGAAACCCCCGCGGUGCACAUCCUCGACGACAUCGCCGACUUCUGGGCCUGGGUGCACAGCGCCCACCUCCCCGCCACCCUGAUCACCCACUGGCCGCACCUCACCGCCGACCUAACCCGCCUCGCGGCCGUGGGCGAAAGCGCCGGCGGCUACCUGGCCCUGCAGUCCGCGCUGCAGAUGAAUCAGGCGGCGCGGUUGAGGGCGGUGAUCGCGCAGUAUCCGGGGAUUUUUCCUGAUUUGGCGGCGUUUAAUCCGCGGCCGGCGGAGCCGGAUGCGGGGUUGGAUAAGGUGGUGGAGGGGUAUGUGAGCGGGUUGGAGGCGGGGGUGGUGAGGGUGUCGACGGCGUGGCCGGGUUUCGCGGAGGUGACGAUGGCGGCGAUGCGGAAUGGGCUGAUGAGGCGGUUGUUUGGGGAGGAUGGAAAGGGGAGGUUGACGCUGGGGUAUGCGUUGGGCAAGGCGGAGCAGGUGCCGCCGGCGAUGUGGGUCAUUCAGGGGACGGAGGAUGGGUUGGUGGCGAAGGGGGCCGCGGAUGAAUUGGUGGAGAGGGUGAGGAGGGAGAGGCCCGGGGCGGUGGUGAAGUAUACGGUGCGGGAGGGGGAUCAUGGGUUUGAUGCGGGGAGUUCGUUGGGGGAUGAGUGGGUGGCGGAGGGGGUGGAGUUUGUUAAGGGGUAUUGGUUAAAAUUGGCGCACCAGGCCAUACGUGCCCGAGAACUGUUUCUUCUGGGUGGAAAUCGGAGAAGAUUGCAAUUCGGCCCCUCUUCCGCACUACGGAAUGUAAGAACAGUGGCAGAGUGGGAGCCUACAAAGGAUAACAACAAAACCCAAGUGCUGUGGGCAUUUUUGAAACCUCUUGCCGGUUACGGCUGCAAGCUCGCCCCGGAGAAUGACACUGGGGGCGGCAGUGGAAGCGGAGGGCGGCAUCAGAUGGACACUUGGCAACAUAAUGGCCCUCUCCAAGAUUUACAAACAUGA